AUGCGUCUUCUAGAUACCCGCAGCUUCGAACUAGCAGAGUUCGUUGACAACAUCCCCAAGUACGCAAUCUUGUCGCAUACAUGGGGCGCCGAAGAAGUUCUCUUCGACGACCUCCAGGGAGGAGGCCGCCCCUCAACCGGUGCGGGAUGGGCUAAGGUUAAAGGCGCGUGUGACCUGGCGCGCAGCCGUGGAUUCGCCUGGAUCUGGAUUGACACUUGCUGUAUCAACAAGAGUAGUAGCGCAGAGCUCUCGGAAGCGAUCAACUCGAUGUUCAAAUGGUAUCAGCUCGCCGAGGUCUGCUUUGUGCACCUUGCGGACGUUGGCUGGCACGCACAUUCUGCAAGUUGCAGUGAGAAGGACGAUGAGCGGAUACGUGGCAGCCGAUGGUUCACGCGCGGAUGGACGUUGCAGGAACUGCUUGCCCCUAGACGCGUUGAAUUCUAUUCCGGGGGGAGAUGGCGACUUAUCGCCACUCGAGCGGAGCUGGGUGCGGUCAUAACGAGCGCAACGACGAUUGAGAGCGAUUACUUGAAUAAUCGCCCCUUGCAUACGGCGAGUGUGGCGCAACGAAUGAGUUGGGCUUCCAGGAGGCAGACGACAAGAAUCGAGGAUACGGCGUACUCCCUUCUGGGUAUCUUUGGGGUCAACAUGCCCCUCAUUUACGGAGAAGGCGACAGGGCGUUCCAGAGGUUACAAGAGGCCGUCAUCAGACAAAUUGACGACCCAUCCAUAUUCGUUUGGGGAUCCAUAUCCGACCUGGAGGAUCCGCUGCGCAAGUCGAUUUCCUCACGAAGUCUCAGAGAACCACUUCUCGCACCUGGCCCAGAUUCCUUCGAGAAAUCCGGCGACGUCAUCCCCUUUUGGAUGCCUGGUGUCGAAAGCAGGCUACAUCUCGAUCAUAAUGGUAUAACAAUCACAACACCGCUGUUGAAGCAGCGCCCGUCGAAUGGUUGGACACGAGCAGGAACAGAAUUCUUUUUGGCACCACUGCAAUGCCGACGCAAGAGUGAGCCGCUCGACUGCAUCGCGUUGUAUCUCUGGGGCGAAACUUCUGGCACAUUGGAGAUGAAUUAUUCCAGAGCAUCAAAGCUGCUUGUGACCGUUCCGAAGACGGUGUGGCUGGAUGGAGCGUUGUCUUCCGCAUUCAUCCGAUUUAUGGCUGGACAGCAUCGAUAUCGCCUAGGAUCUGGGUUCGAGCGCGGGUGCAUUGUGAGGAGUGUUCCUAAGGGAUACCGGGUUGUGGAAGUCUAUCCGAAGAUUGACGACUUCAAGAUCAGGUCAUCCAUUGUUCCAUUUGAGGAACGGAUCAAAGAGUCGUACGGCCUUAGUUAUCCUGCCAUUCUUCUGCUUGAGGGAACCUCGGCAGACCCGAAAUUGGCGUUGUUGCUGCAGUUUCAAUACCUUUCGCGGCAAGACGGCUCCGCGACCGAUCCAUCUUUUGUGGGAUCUCCAGAGUGGAUGAUCAACCGCGUCGUCAUUAUGCCCAUGGAUAAGAGCAUCAAAGAGGUUGCGGGGAUAGUGAGGUUAGACGCAAAGCGGUGGACAGCAGAUGAGGUGCGAAAAAUGACCAACUCGACGAUGCGGCCAGGGAAAGAUUCGCUAUCCUCACAUCCACCGAGUGAACUCAAGCUUUGCAGCAAAUUUGACGUUAAGGUCUCUCAGCACCAAGCGUACGGGCCAAAGUUAUUUCUUGUUGAUGUGAAGGAUCCAUCGGCCGAAAACGAUUCUGUGGAGGCAAGGAUUGAGGGCGAGUUCCAGCUGUCCAGGCGGUCAGAACAAAAAUAG